UCUACCAUAGCAUUGGAGAAUGAGCAGAACAAAAUUAAUUCCAAAUAUAAAGCUCUAGAAACGUGGAUGGUAAGAAAUGGUAUCCCUGAAGAAGUGAAAACAGGAGCAGUGAAAAUCAUAAGAGAAAAGAAAGUAGUGGAAAAAAACUACGAUGAUGAUGUGGACUUGGUUUUUGUUUUCAAUUCUCUUACUGGGGAUGAGUAUGACAAAGUGAAUAUCAGGCUUGGUUUGAUGCAGCAUUUGUGCCAAAAUGCCAUACCGAAAGUAUUCAUGCUUAAAUAUAUCCUCCAAUACCCGGAUAUCGAGGAGCUCAGGAGUUUCUACACAGCUCUCGAGCCGGUAGUCUACAAGGAGAAUAGCUACGUGGUUAGAGCAGGAAAGUCAAAUUAUAGAAUGCUCAUCAUCACAGAAGGCGUAGUUGUCUGUACAGACAACACUGGAGCUAAUGUUGCUCGUUUUGAGAAAGGUGAAGUUUAUGUAGAAGAGCUUCUGGAUAGCUACCUCCCUAAUAUUCCUAAAGAUGUCAAGUGCGAAACAAAAGUAGAAGCCUUCGGUCUCUCGUGCACAGGUUUUGGCUUGCUGCGGUGUAUGUACCUUAUGUGGGCAGCACCGACAUCAGAACGAUCGAAGCUAGCAGUAAACGAGGCAUACAAGAAGUUGACAACUAGAAGAUCAGAGAAGUUAGAGCAGCAACAGAAGAAGAUAGAUGAGUGGCUGUCAAGAAACUCUGUCCCGGACGAUCUGCAGACAUUGGUCAUGGAACACAUAAAGUCCAGUAAUCUACUGGAAAAGAACUUGGAUGCUGAGGUGGAUGUGAAGUAUCUGUUCUCUAUUGGUCUGUCCUGGGAUAUCGAAUAUCGUAUAAAGAAGCAGAUCUGCAUCAAUUCUCUGAGUAAGGUUCCUGUACUUGAAGGCGUUAAUGAAGACGUGUUGAGUCGCAUCUGUAUGUCUCUCGAGCCGCUGGUACUCCCGCAGCAUAGCUGCAUCUUUUAUCCACUUAGCGCAAUUGAUCGGAUGCUCAUCGUUGUAGAAGGUGAAAUUACAGUGACUAAGACGACUUACAAUAGACGAAGUACAGAAACGAAGAGAGGCCAUGUUGAAAGAAUGAUAAAGAAACGCGAUGUCAUUGGGGAAGAGCUUCUGACCUGGGCAUUUCCCAUCGUCUCUGAGUCGUCCGAAUCUCAUCCUGCUAUCUUGGAGAAAUAUGUAGAAUGUCCUACAAAAGUAGAAGCCUUUGCUCUCACAAAGGAGGGCUUGGAAAGUGUGGUCGCCUACUAUACAGAUGGAAUCAACAGCUUUGAGCAGUUGGAGAAGGGCAGAGAUGGUGUGGCCGAUACCGAGGGUGCAUCCAGAUCCACUACUACUGACCAGAGACUUGACCGGCUUAUCCAGCUCCAGAGUCGGCUUAUCCAGCUCCAGAGUGACAUGGCUCAACAGCAUCGUGAUGAAAUGGCUAAUCAGGGACGGAAAUUGUAUAGGAUCAUGAGCGAGCUUACUUCUGACGUGUCUGACUUUUAG